AUGUCGGACCGCACGCACGCGGCGUUCUUCUAUGGCACGCUGAUGGCCGCUGAAGUCUUCUUUACGGUGUGCUAUAGGUUUUCCACAGAAAACGUAGCGCUCUUAAAAAGCCUUCACGAUUUCAAGCCAGCUAUAUUACAUGGUUAUUGCCGACGUCGGGUUCAAUUUGCAGACUAUCCGGGAAUUACGCCGGACCCAAACCAUGAGGUCAGAGGGAUGUACGUAACAGGCCUAACAGACGCCAACAUGUUCCAUCUCGACGCCUUCGAGGGGAGCGAAUAUGAUCGUAAAACGGUUAAAGCCCGCUUACUUUCGAAAGUUGGCGACGACAAAGGACAGGGCAAUGUCGAAGGCGAGGAGGUCGAGUGCGAAGUAUACGUCUUCAAGCAUCCUAACCACCUAGAAGAUCGUGAAUGGGACUUCGAGGAAUUCCGGACGCAGAAGAUGAAAAACUGGACAAGAGAAGAUUAUGGCUUCGAAGAGAGCGACCAUUUCGCUCCUCAAGACGUCAAAGAUGACGAAAAGGUGGCUGCUGUUUGA